AUGGCGGUGGCGAUGCUGCGCGACUGGUGCCGGUGGAUGGGCGUGAGCGCGCGCAAGGGCCUGCUGGUGCUCGGCAUCCCGGAGGACUGCGAGGAGACGGAGGUGCACGAGGUCCUGGAGGCCGCGCUGUGGCCUCUGGGCCGCUUCUCCGUGCUUGGGCGGGUGUUUCGCGAGGAGGAGAACGCCACGGCGGCCCUGGUGGAGCUGGCCCAGGAGGUGGACUACGCGCUGGUGCCCCGGGAGGUUCCGGGCAGCGGGGGGCCCUGGCGCGUGGUGUGCGUGCCCCGCUGCUCGGGCGAGGAGGUCCUGGGCCGCGUGUUCCACUUCCUCGAGCAGCAGGGCCAGACGGUGGAGAGCGUGGCUGGCGCCCUGGGGCUGGGGCUGCGGCGCGUGUGCUGGCUGCGCUCAGUCAGCCAGGCGGUCCGGCCCUGGGUGGAGACCGUGCGCUACCAGCCCCUGGGCGUGUUCUCCGGGCGCCAAGAGCCGGGCCCGGGAGAGGAGCCCUUCGAGGCCUGGCUGGACCACGCCAGCGACAUGCUGCACGUGUGGCAGGCGGUCUCGGAGAGGGAGCGGCGGCGGCGGCUGCUUGAGGGCCUGCGCGGCACCGCCCUGCAGCUGGUGCGCGGGCUCCUGGCUGAGAACCCUGCUCGCACGGCGCAGGAGUGCCUGGCCGCGAUGGCCCAGGUGUUUGGGGACACCGAGUGCGAGGCCGUCACGCGGCUGAGGUGUCUGACUGCUGAGCAGAAGCGGGGCGAGCGCCUGUCUGCCUUCGUGCUGCGGCUGGAGGUCCUGCUGCAGAAAGCCAUAGAGAAGGGGGCCCUGGCCAGAGCCGCGGCCGACCACUUGCGCCUGAGGCAGGUGCUCACCAAGGCCACCCUCAUCGAGCCGCUGGACGAAGCGCUGCGGAAACUGAGGCUGGUUGGCAGGGCGCCCAGCUUCCUGGAGAUGCUGGGCCUGGUCCGGGAAUCCGAGUCGUGGGAGGCCACUCUAUUCAGGAAUGAGAGGGCCCAGGCCGAGGAAGGGGCUCGGGGUGGAGGCAGGGCAGAGGCUGACAAGGCAUUGGGGGUGCAGGGAUGCCCGGGAGGCCCAGGCUGUGGUGGGCCCGAAGGCCUCGCCCAGGCAGGAGGCCCGGAGGCCGAGGAGGCU